UUCGCUAUUGAUCGGUGCGCAAGCGACAUCUAUGGCUAUCUUGGGAGUGCGCUCCCGCUUACAAAUGCUUUGGCUAUGUUUGUGAUUUUGUGUGUUGAUGUGCGCGAAUGUGAAGCAUUGUAGGUAUCGGUUUCAGUCAUGAGUCAAGUAAUGCAGCAAAAGAAACGUUUAAUUAAUAAGAAAACGGAACUUCAUGAAACAUGGACUGAUAUUAGUGUUCUAAUAUCUCAAUAUCUGGAGAAACUAAAUUUUGUUGUAGAUACAGUGCUGCGUGAAGAAGAUUCAGUGUCGUUCUUUCAAACGUAUCCAAAAGUGUCAAGUCAUGUGGACAAAAUUUUAAACAUAUUUUUGCAAGUGCAGUGCGAAUUCAGCUUGUUGUCAUGUGAAAAGUUUUUAGAUAGUGAAGUGUGUAAUUUACAUUGUUCAACUAAAACUGAAGGAUUACCUGUGGAAGAACGCUGUAGAACAGUAUCGGAUUCAGAAGAUUUGUCACAAGUUAAAGUUGGAGUACCGGGAAAGUUAAGUAAUCCUACGGAAGAAGAUCGCAGUACGGAGCUAUCUAACUCAGAUGUGUCGGUUACAAAAGUUAGUGCUCUGGGUCAAGAGGUAUGUGAUUCAUCCGUAGAAGUGUGCACAAUAGCCGAAAGUGUAGAAAGGGUGGAAAACUCUUCGCCGUAUGCAGUUAAUGUUAGCGAUACGGAAAAAAUUACUGAGAGUGUUGCACAUGUUUCCAGUGUAGAAACUCUUCCUGUGUGUAAAAUAAGUGAGGCCUUGAGAAGUGAAAGCAGUGGAUUCACAUCUGCAAAGAAGCGUAUAAGCCAGUAUGAUAUAAAGCCAAAUGAGGUACUGGAAAUGGUAUAUUCACACGGGGACAACCCAUGGAAUUUCUGGUUGUGUUAUUACCCAUGUUCAGAUAUUAAAUUUAUCCAGAAAAGUGUCAGUAGCAUGUAUUACACCAACAGAUUGGAGGCUUUGUCCGUUUUGCCAGAUGUAGGCGAUUAUGUACUUGUAGCAGAUGGUGAGAGAUUCCUCAGAGGCAAAGUGUUAACUGUGAGAGGCACAGAACUUCUGGAUACUACUUGUGUUAUGCUUCUUGAUGUGGAUAGUGGAAGAAUGAAAUCUUUUAAACUGCAGAAUGUUUGGAAAAUUACUGAAGAGUUAAUGUGUAUACAAGCUCAAGCUGUGAAUUGUCAGCUGGAAGGCAUUGCGGGUGAUUCAAGUAUGUGGUGUAAAGAAAAUCUGCGACAGUGUCAGAUGGAUCGUAAAUUCGAAGAAUUGCUGCUGCAGACAACACUUUCAGUUAAAUUUAUCAAGACAGUAGGUGACUCUGCAUUGCCCCGUUACAUUAUUGAUGCAGACAGCAUAGAUAUGGAAACAGAUAAAAUCUACAAUGUCUCACAGCUUAUUAAUAGUACAAUAAUUCCAGCUAUCACACACAAACCUGUUGUUGAAGAAUGUUCACAGGAGAGUGAGGCCUCUGUGUUGCAGAAUUUGACUGCCGUUACAUACAUAUCUCAUGACUGUCAUGCCAAAAAUGUGGUGCUUAAUGUUACCCAGGAAGUAGCAAAUGAUCCAGAUGAAAUCAGUGAAAAAAUUACUUCUCAAGCAUCUGAGCUUAGCGCAGGUUGUGUGGCUGGUGUUGGAAAUGUGCAGCAGAUAUAUGAAAACUGUACAGAUGGUAUAUAUGAAGACCCAAACUCUCCUAGGUCCCACUGUGAACCAAGCAGUCUAACACUCCUGUUGCAUGAAACUGAUACAAAUUUAAAUUCUGAAAAAGUAACAAACGAUGCAGUUGAAAUCUGUGAAAAAAUUGUUUUUCACACAUGCGAGCUUAGGGCAGAUAGUAGAGUUGAUGUUGAAAGUUCUCAGGAGCUAAGUGAAAACUGUACAGGUGGCAUAAAUCAAGAACUAAAUAGCCCCAGUUUCCACUGUAUACCGAGCAUUGAAAUACCACCAUAUUAUGAAAUUGAUAAAAAUUUAAAUUCUCAGAAAUUAAGUGAUUCGGAUAUCGCAGAAAUAAUAUCACUCUGUGAAACAUCAUAUUCAGAUGUGAUUUUAGAUGUAGAAGACACUAUUGAUUCUCAUGCUGAUGAUAAUAUUGCGCAGGCAUCCAGUUUCGGAGCUGCCGAACUGCUGUCUGCUGAAAGUGGUGAAGACAGAACAAGUGUAACGGCAACCAUUUAUUGUAGUAAAGACUUUAUUUUGGAGAAAAGAAAUUAUAGUUAUCUUCUUAACAAAACAGUUCUUGGUAUUCCUACAUUUGUUGAUUCACCAAGUCUCUUUUACAUGCAGUUUUUCUUGAAUGAGAAUGAUGAAUUUACAGAUUUACAUGAGAAAAUGGCAAUUUUUUAUUCAGAAAACAAAAUGAAAUUCGCUACAAAAGAGAGAGCACAAAAUAUUAUUAAAUCAUAUUGUGUUGCUCUGUAUCCUCAAGAUAAACAGUGGUACAGGGCUGAAAUCAUUGACUGGAUGCCUGCAACUGAAACAACUGUGUGUGUGUCUUUUGUUGACAUUGGUGAUAAAAUGGUCGUUGAACUUGAUUUUGUGCAGCCUCUGGCCAGACAGUUUGCAAAAAUUCCUGUUUUGUCACAGAAAUGUCACUUGUAUGGUGUUGCCCCUAUUGAAUGUGCUAUGUACACAUAUGUGAGUUAUGAAUGGUCACCAUGUUCACUGUCUGAGUUUAGAAAUGUUUUAAAUGUAGACCAUGUUUUCAAUAUGCAGGUAAAAGAGUUCACUUCAUAUGGGUCCCUUGGAGUGUUGUUAUUUGAUCCAUCAUCACCAGGUGUGUCAGUUAAUAAGAAAUUAAUAGCUCUUGGGGAGGCAAAAUGUCUUCUUAAUAAAGACACUUUAGAUAUGUGGAACCCAAUGCAAGAAGACUUCGAAAGAAGUAAAGUACUUGUAUAUGAUGAUGAAGAUGCAUGUGAAGCUGUGGCAGGUUAUUCAGCAAAUGACGAGCAGCGCUUUUGUAAAUUUUAUGCACGGCAUGGCAGGUGCUACAAAGGUAGCAACUGCCGGAAAGAACAUGUGCUGAGUCACCCAGGUGGCUGGAUAUCAGAUAAAGAAGAAGUAUUUCAAGAAGCAUUUUCACAGGUAGUGCUACCUGAAGUGGGGGAAACUAUCUACCUUCAAGUUACUUGUGUUAUUAGGAUAAAUUUGUUUUAUAUUAUUCUCAAUGUUGAUGACAAUUCAGGUGAGGAGACACUUCUGACAUUGAACAGAUACAUAAAUGACAAAGACAAUCUUAAAAAUCUACGGAAACUGAAAGUUACACCAGCUGUUGGGCAGCUGGUUCUUGCCCAUUAUCAUCAAGAUGGGAUUUGGUAUCGGGCAAGAGUAAUUGAUACAGAUAAUGACAACAACUUGGUACAAGUAUUUUUUGUGGACUACGGGAAUACAGAAUGGGUGAGUGAAAUAUAUGUGCGUGAUGUUGAGCCUCAGUAUCUUCACUUACCAUUUCAGGCAAUAGAAUCUUCAUUGGCAUUUACAGAAAUGAAUGCAAGUGUAGAUGAUGAUAGUCUUGAAACAGUUAUUUCAGUUUUUAGGUGUCUUACAGAUUGUACUCAACCACUGAGGGCAAAAAUUAUUUCAAAAGAUGAUGUCUUGAAAAAAUUGGAACUCCAGUUGUUUGAUGUUAAUGACCACGACAUUGCAUUGAUGUUGGCUGACACUGGAUAUGUUAGUAUCACCAGUAUUCAGAUGACACCAGCCACAGCAUUUGCAGUACCAGGUUGACAGCAGUAAUAAUAAUCGUAAAAAUCUAAGGAAAUUGAAAGUUGCAGUUACACCAGCUGUUGGACUGCUGGUUCAAGAUGGUAUAUGAUAUCGGACAAUAGUUUGUAUAUGUUGUCUUAUAUUUGUUUUAUGUUAGACAGUUGUUGUUGUUGUUUGACUGUGUACAUAGCCAUGAGCAACACCUCAGUCACAUCACUGAUUUUCUGUAUAGUUGAAAACUUUUAUUUCAGUUUUCAUUGGAAAUUUAAAUCAAAACACAUUACAUUUCCAUGUGCUUGAAAUAAAUCACUGUGGAACUUUGUU